CUUGUAUUCCCCACCCUCUGACGGGAAGACUGGAUUGUAGGCUGAGGGGCCAUCACAGCCUCUCCCACAUGACAUUUACUGCCACAGCUCCAAGGCACCUGCUCCAGGCCCUGAGCAGCUUAAAGUUUCCAGCAAUCCGUAGAAGCCCACAUCCCAGCAGCGAGAAGAGCUAGACUUCACACUGAGCAGCUGCAGCCGGAGAAACCAGAAAGCACCACCCAGCCCCAGAUUCCAAGAGGCCUGCUGGGGACUCCCUUCUCUUCCUCCUCCUCCUCCUUCUUCCCGAGACCCCAAAGCCACUGUCUCACACCAGUUCCUGAGCUGCCAUGGGACUAGCAGCCACCGCCCCCUGGCUGUCCUCCGCCCUGCCAAGCAGAUAGGGCGGUAGCUAUCCCAGGAGUACCUGCCCUCUCUCAGCCUGGGCCAGCCCUUCCAGACUUGGUGGCCACCUUGCUGAACCCAGGCCAUGUAGGUCCUAGCUCAGGCCUCUGGACACACUGCUGGGGACAGUGCCUCUGCUCUCAGCGAGCACCCAGUGCUCCAUCAUGCCCUGGGGACUCGCCUGGUUAUACUGUCUUGGGAUCCUACUUAGCCUGGCUGUGGGGAACAAGGAUUUGGAGAUGUGGACUCUGACCCAAGAUAAGGAGUGUGACCUUACAGGCUACCUUCGGGUCAAGCUGCAGUACAGGAACCGGCUUCAGUACAUGAAACAUUACUUCCCCAUCAACUACAGGGUUGCUGUGCCUUAUGAGGGGGUACUCAGAGUUGCCAACAUCACGAGGCUGCAGGCGGCCCGUGUGAGCGAGCGGGAGCUGCGGUAUCUGUGGGUCUUGGUGAGUCUCAAUGCCACCGAGUCUGUGUUGGAUGUGCUGCUCGAGGGCCACCCAUCCUGGCGGUAUCUGCAGGAGGUUCAGACAUUGCUGGAGAAUGUUCAGCGGAGCCUCGUGGAUGUGGAGAUCGGCCCUGAGGUGGAAGCCGUGUUAUCGCUUCUGAGUAGCCCAGGCCUAAGCCUGAAGCUGGUGCGCCCCAAAGCUUUGCUGGACAACUGCUUCCGGGUCAUGGAGCUGCUGUACUGCUCUUGCUGUAAACAAAGCCCCAUCCUAAAAUGGCAGGACUGUGAGCUGCGGAGUCUCCAUCUCCACAGUGCAGGGUCCUUGAUGCAAUGUGCAGCUGCCAACGUUUACCCUUUGCCUCGGCAGCCCCCCACCUCUCUGCCCACUUCCCCAGGCUCAAGCCAUGGUCCACUGCCCUGAGCAGUCUGGGUGGUAACCCUAGGUUGGGCCUCUGGAUGUGUUCCUGGAACUGGCCUGGGUCUGAGACUUUCUGGGAUGGGGGAUAGGUAGACCUGCAGGGA